AUGAGCAACCUCGAGAAGUCCCUCUUCCAGCUGAAAUUUACAGCCAAGUCCCUCCAGAGACAGGCCAAGAAGGCCAACAAGGACGAGACUGCCGAGAAGAAUAAACUCAAGCAGGCCCUGGCCAAGGGAAACACUGAAGGAGCCCGUAUCUACGCCCAGAACGCCAUUCGCAAGAAGAACGAGGGCCUGAACCUGCUCCGUUUAGCCUCCAGGAUAGAUGCAGUCGCAAGUAGGGUCGAGACGGCAGUGACUAUGCGGAGCGUGACGAAUAGCAUGGGAAGCGUGGUGAAGGGCAUGGACAAGGCAAUGGAGAGUAUGAACCUGGAGCGCAUAUCACUGGUCAUGGACAAGUUCGAAUCCCAGUUCCAAGACCUGGACGUCCAGACGAGUUAUAUGGAAUCCACCAUGUCCGACACCACCGCCGUGGCCAUGCCACAAGACCAAGUGGACGGACUCAUGCAGCAGGUGGCGGACGAGGCUGGGCUGGAGAUCCAGCAUGGAUUGGGCGAGGCUAGUGUGCCGGCAAAGGAGCCGGCUGUGAGCGAGGGCUCAGCAAACAGGGAGGAGGAUGGGAUGCUUGCGCAGAGGCUGAGAGCUUUGAGACCCGCUACUUGA